AUGCAACCUUCACCAACGAUGCAAAUCCCAAAACCAUAUCCUACUGCCAAACCAUCUAAAGAUUACACACAUAAUAAAAAUUCAAAGAUAUCCCCUACCAAUUCAAAUGAAUCAGAAACUAUUUUAGGAGUUACACCACAGGAAAUAAACAACCAAGAGCAAACUCAAAGCUUUACUGAACAAUAG